GCCGAACUCUGACUUUUUUUGUAUGGACUACAACCCCUUACGAAAAUGAACCAUGGUUUUACCACAUUUAGAUAAAAAAACAUGGUUACUGUAGUAAAACCAUGGUAUCCACAAAACAACCAUGGUUUUUCAAAAACCAUAUAUGAACCAUGGUUAGUGUAGUAAACCGUGAUUUUACUGAUACUAAUCAAUACAACAAAGUUUCAUGCAAAUGUUUGCACUCAUCACAAAAAUGUAAGCUUCAGAUUUAUAUUCAGAAUUAAAAAGAAAUAAAAAUGAAACUUAAUCAUUCUAUGAUAUUGAAGCUCAAGGACUCAAGAUUCUGUAUUUGAACAUUUAUUAAGAUAGCAAAGCAACAGCAAUGUUUCCAUAGCUUGUUUUAAGAAGUAAACAUUAAAACAGUAUAAUUUGUUAGUUUACAGCUUCUCAUUCCCUGUUGUGAAAUAAACAUGAGUUUCCAGUAUAAAGACUCAAUUAUGAGUAAGUGGAAAAACUUCAGCAUGUGUGUUGAGGAGUCAUGCAUCUAAAAGCAACAGCUGCUAUGAGGAACAUUACAGACCUCCUCUCAAGUUCAUCAAAUUCACUAUAACCUAUGAUCUAAUAUAGUCAUUUAUUUACAACCACAAAGCAGCACAAUACUGUUUGUCUUCCAUUUUAAAUCAAUUUAAAUUGAAUACUGAUAUUUAAAUAUGGAAUUCAAGCAGAGUGAAAUGAACAUUGUGUUAUCUUACAUAAUGACAUUUAAAUAUUUAUUGCCUGAAUAAAUGUGGAGACACAGCAGGUAGCAAUUUGUUUCAUUUCCCAGUGGUAAAGAGAGGUAGAGUGGGAUGUGUGUUUUUGCAAGAUGUUACAGUAGAUUUACUCAUUUUGCCCUUGCAUCACCUGUUUACGUGGAUCUCUGUUCUCAUUCUGAAGUUACAUCAUAAAACUUUGAUCAUCCCUCCCCACAUCACCAAACUUUUCAGCCAGACCCUCUUUAACCAAUCAGAGAGUUCUUCAUCUCUCUUCACCUUCUUGUUGACCUGACGGAACUGAAUUGAUUGGUUUUGACCAGAAUGUCCCACCUCUGUCUCCCAUGAGAAAACGUUUGUAUGGAUAGCACGAGAUGGCUGAAGACACAUCUGACUUGUGUGUCGGUCAGACGCUGGCAGGGACCCACAUCGAUCCACCAUCCAACUCUGUCAGAGACUGACAGUCAUAUAAAAUAAUAGCAAAAGACGACUUAGUUGAACUUUGAUCAUGGAUAACGUCUCUGCUUUGAUUCUGAACACAAGCAUUUCUGGGUGGCGUCGUCCACUGUGGUACAAGAUUCCCGAGCAACGUCCUUGUGAUGUGGCAGAUUUUGGUGAAGAAAAGUGAAGGCUCAACGUCCGACAUCUUCUUUUUGAACCUGUCCAUUAUAGAUGCAUUUUUCUCCCUCAUGACGCCUCUAGACUUGUUUAACCGCCUUUACCUGGAUGAUCAAGACGUCUGGUACUUUCUACGCUUCUCUUAUGGCGUGAAAGACAUGGCCCCCCUAUUUCUUACCUGUAUUUGCCUUGACAGGUACAUCGCAGUGGUCCAUCCCAUCGUAUUCACAGGGAUCCGAGACAAUCAUAUACGGAUGGGCGUCUCUGUGGUGGUGUGGGGACUCAUCCUACCGUUCGCAUUGACCAAGUGCAUCCUGGGGACCAGAAGUGUAAAUGAGGUGUUUGGCGGAGUUAUCCUCUUUGCAUUGUUCCUCAUGAUCUUCUGUAACUUGUCCAUCAUCUGGGUUCUCAGAAAGAGCGUCGCCGGGAAAGAAGUCAUGAAUCCGAUCAAAAAGAAGGCCUUCAAAACAGUGAUUACAGUUCUCACCCUCAUCGUGGUGAACUAUCUUCCUCCAGUGGCUCUAAUGCCAUUUUCAUACGCUUUCACAUUUAGGGAUUUACACUGUAAGAUCAGCGUCUCGGUGUACAGCAUCAUGGACCUGAGCUGCACAAUCGAGCCUCUCCUCUACAUCUCUAAAAUGGAGAGAUCUGUGCUUUGUCGCUGCCUGGAGAGUCCCUCAAAGAAACUUUAUGACAAAUAACCCAGCAAAUCUUCAUAUCAAAAUCACAUUUUGGUGUGUCACUUAGUAGAAGCAAAAACCAUGAAUAAAUGUGCAGUGUUAACAUUUUUGUGUGAUAUUUGUGAUGAUGAUGUCUUGUGUAUAAUCUGAGUCCUGAAAGAAUCUCAUUGAUGUAAUUUACAGCUCAAUGUAAACAAACUUUAGAAAUUGUGUUUUCUGUAAUUGUGUUUUCUGAGUGCCGUGUUUCUGUUCAUCUUCAUCCUCUGUGUUCACCUGAUUUUUCAUGUGUAAUUGCUAUUAACUCAGUUUGAUUAAUAAUCUGACUGUGUAAAUAUAAAGAAAAAGAUAAAAUGUACAAAAAAAAUUUUCACAGUUCAUUUCUCAUUAACACUGAACUCUAAACACAAACUUCUCACUAAAACACACAUUUUACACUGCAAUGACUUGCAAUGUUAUAAAUAUUAAAUACAGGUAGGCAAAAGUUGAACACAACUACAUCACAGUGUUCAUCAAGCAAAUACAACAACUCAAAACUGUACACAUUUAUAUUUACCAAUUGUGUGGAUUUGUGACAGUCUGAGAAGUGAGAAGCUUCUGUCAUUAAGAAGUUUGUGUUUAGAGUUUUGCAAAAAGAGUGGACGAUUUGACAAAUGUGUUUUGGUCAAUGAAUUUGGUUCAGAGAUUGGGGUUUAGUGUUUAGCAAUUCAAAAAAACUGUAACUAUAGACAUGAUCUGAUAACUGCAUCCCAAUUGGACUACUUUUCACAGGUCAGCAAGUAAGAUUUCGCCACCAGAACAUGGUCAAAGAAUAAUCAAACAAAAUUACAAAACAAAACGAAUACAUUAAAAAUUGAUGUUGUUAUUUGGUUUGCAGCAAGACUAUUGUUUUGUCAUAAAUGACCUGCUCUGACUGAUAACAUUAAAACUUGAUUAGUUGUUUGAUUUGCAUAAUCUUUGUUCCACAAUCUGUUUCCAGUCAAUCUAAGUAAUGAUGGGUAUGUCAGGAAGGACAAAGUCAGAGAUUCAACUGCAAAUAACAGAGUCUUUAUUGUAA